UCGUGCAAGACAAGGGUGUUUUACCACAAUGAUUGGAGUACAGUUUGCUUUGAUUCUUUUUACUACAACAGCUGUGAUUCAAAGUGCAGAGGUUGCCCUCCAGAUGCCUUUAAUUGAAGUCAAAGUUGGAGGAAAUGUUACUUUGCAGUGUUCGGUCACAGAGAAGGAAGGAAAAUUUGUUCACUGGUUUAAGCAGACUCCUGGAUAUAUGGUCCAGACAGUUGCUACAGGAUCUUAUACCAAACAAAAACUAAGCGAACCAUUUAACAACGAUCGUUUCACAGUAUCAGAGGGGCAGUCUCAGUAUUUUCUUACCAUAAGAAAUGUCCAUAAAGAGGAUGAAGCAUCAUAUUUCUGUCAGUAUGGAUCAGCUUAUUCACAGAGUUUUAAUACAAGCAUCUACUUGGCUGUACAUGAUCACAGUGAGCAGAAAUCAGUCUACAUAAAACAAUCUCCGGAGGCAGCAUCAGUCCAGCCAGGCAACUCUGUGACUCUCCAGUGUUCAUUUUUCCCCAGUAACAAAGAAAACACGUUCCAGUGUCCGGAUGAACACAGAGUGUACUGGUUCAGAGCGGGAUCAGGACAAUCCCAUUCUACCAUUAUCCACACUCACAGACACUGCAGUCAGAAACAAGAGGGAAGCUCCUGCGUCUACAGUUUAUCCAAAACUAUUCAUAACUCCUCUGAUGCCGGGACCUACUACUGUGCAGUGGUCACAUGUGGACAGAUCCUGUUUGGUGACGGAACUCAAGUUAAUGCAAUCGUAUGGACGUGCCAUCAGACUACCACUACUGAUGACUUUGAUCAAUACCUGCAUUCUCUUUAG